CGACUUGCUCCCACCUGCCACCUGCCAAACUCUAAAUUUCCAUUUUUCCUUGGUUUUGCUGUUCGAUUUCCACCGUUUGAAAUUAUGUCAGCCAAACUUGGAAGGAGCCCGGUGGACUUACCAGCUCAAGGGUGUUUACCGUGGUCGGAUUUGACCUUCGGUGAACCACCAGUCAUCAACAGAAUUUGAUCCUGAAGGUCGCUUUUUUGUCGUUUGAUUGACUUCCAUCCACAUGAUCGAAAUCCAUCAUGUGCCGCCAGAAAGUCAACCAGCACUGUUCUCAACUGGUCACUAUUUUCUUGGAUAUUUUCUUCUAUUCUCCAAAUCUCUUGUCGCCCAGAUCGACGGUUAGGGUUCCGAAUGAUGUUGCACAGCAGAACUUUACAGAAGAGCUCUGCAUCACCGAAUGCUGGCAGAAUGACUACGGUAUCUAA